AUGCGUUUUCUCCAUGCGCCGACAGGCACGUUUUCGGAAACACGAUACACCGUCGAUCAGCUGAAAGCAGACGGUAUCCCCUAUGCCUGUUUGUCCCAUGUCUGGAGCAAGCCGGGUCGUCGUCUUAGUUCAAAAAUCCAGCGCUUUUGUGACGUUGUCAAGGGUAAUGGCAUUGAGUUAGCUUGGGCCGACUCUUGCUGUAUCAACCAAGACGAUCUGGCGGAGGUUCAACCCGCUGUCAACUCCAUGUUCACGUGGUAUCGUAAUGCCACGCUCUGCGUUGUCUUUCUGCACGAUGUGGACGACUACCCUGGUCACCUGACUGCCCAGUGGGCGACCCAAUUCUGCGAUAGCGGGUGGUUUACUCGCUGUUGGACUCUCCAAGAGCUCUUGGGCCCGGAUUCUGUCAUCUUUUACAGCCGCAAUUGGCGGCCGAUCAUGGAUAAAGCGACGCUGAGUAAUAGUGGGGAGCUCGCAGCCCUCGUUGAGUGUGCUACUGGCAUCCCGCCCUCAGUCCUGGAAGAUCCCCGAUCACUAGCCAACAUUUCGGUCGCGCAGAAAAUAUCGUGGGGAGCCUUGCGGCGGGCUACUAAGCCUGAAGACGCCUCCUACUCCCUGGCAGGACUUCUUGGCGUCUCGCUCAAUGUGCGCUAUGGCAUAACUGUAGAAGAGGCCUUUCAACUCCUUCUGUCUCAGGUUCUACAAAGAAUCCCAGACCACACUGUUCUGUUAUGGGGCCAUCCG